AUGGGUGUUUCAAGGCUUCGAACCGCCUUCCGGCGAUCAUCGACCCAAGAGAGUGUUGUGCCUGUCGCCGUGACUGCAGUGGGCGAAAAGAAUGAAGUCCCCCAUGACACCGAGUCUGCUAUGCCGGCCACCGCUGAAAACCCCGAGGUCCCUACCGAGGACACCCAGCAGGGUGUCAAGGACCUCGAGGCUGUCACUCUCAGCUGGACCAAGACUACUCUGAUUGCUGUCUUUGCAAACAUCUGGCUCCUGUAUUUCGUCAAUGCCAUGCAACAGUCCAUCAACCUCAGUUUGCUCGGCUAUGUUACCAGUGACUUUGAGAGUCACUCGCUACUGAACGUCAUCUACAUUGUCGCAGAUGCCAUGACAGCGGCAGUUUACAUUCCCACUGCUAAAGUCAUGGAUGUGUGGGGCCGUGCUGAAGGUUUCCUCGCCAUGACCAUUUUCGCUACCCUCGGUCUGAUCAUCAUGGCUGCUUGCCACAACUUGCCCACUUUCUGCGCUGCCUAUGUCUUCUACAGCAUUGGUUUCGGAGGUAUGACAUACUGCGUGGAUGUCAUCACAGCCGAUGUUUCCAAGCUGAAGAACCGAGGUUUGGCCUACGCUUUCACCUCCUCGCCCUACAUCAUCACAGCUUUCGCUGGCCCCAAGGCUGCCGAGGGCUUCUAUGAAGAUAUCAGCUGGCGUUGGGCUUUCGGUGCUUUCUCCAUCAUCUUCCCCAUUGUGGCUGCCCCUCUCUACAUCACCUUGAAGAUCAACCUCAACAAGGCUAAGAGAUCCGGCCUCAACCAGAAGGAGCCUAGCGGCCGUAACAUCUUCCAGAGCAUUUGGCAUUAUGCCAAGGAGUUCGAUCUCCUCGGUGUCGUCAUUUUCUCGAUUGGUCUUGUUGUCUUCUUCCUUCCCUUCAGCAUUGCCUCAUCUGCCCCCAAUGGCUGGGGCUCUGACUACAUCAUUGCCAUGAUCGUUGUCGGUUUCGUUAUGCUCGGUAUCUUCAUUGCUUGGGAACUCAAGUUCGCUCCUACGCCUCUGUUCGACUUCAGCAUCUUGUCGGACCGCACUGUCAUUGGCGCAUGCUUGCUCGACGCCACAUACCAGAUCUCCUACUACUGCUGGAACCAUUACUACACCUCUUUCCUGCAAGUUGUCAACAACCUCACUAUUUCCGAGGCAGGAUACGUCAGCAACACCUUUGAUGUCGUCUCUGGUAUCCUGCUGAUCGGUGUUGGAUUCCUGAUCCGCCGCACUGGCCGCUUCAAGUGGAUUCUCUACAUUGCCGUUCCCCUGUACAUCUUCGCCCAGGGACUGAUGAUCUAUUUCCGUCGCGCCAACCAGUCCGUCGGUUACCUCGUGAUGUGUCAAAUUUUCAUCUCCAUCGGUGGAGCCGUCUUCAUCAUUGUCGAGCAGCUCGCAAUUCUGGCUGCCGUUGACCACCAGCACGUCGCUACUGCUCUUGCUCUUCUCAAUGUCGUUGGAACCGUCGGCGGUGCUGCUGGUUCCACCAUUUCCGGUGCCAUCUGGACCAACACCUUCUACGGAGCCCUUGAAACCAGACUCCCGCAGUCUGCCAUGGCCAACAUCGCUGAUAUCUACGAGAGCCUCGACACUCAGAUCUCCUACGCUGUCGGAUCCCCGACCAGACUCGCCAUCCAGGAGGCCUAUGCGUACUCGCAGACAAGAAUGCUGGCGGCCGGAACUGGAAUCAUGGGUCUCUCUAUUAUCUGGGCUUUGAUGAUCAGAAACAUUGAUCUGAAGAAGGUUCCCCAGGUCAAGGGUACUGUUUUCUAA